AUGGCCAGCAUCUACAAACUGUCUGUCUCGGGCGUACGCUCUUUCAGCGGCGAUACGCACGAGACCAUCCAGUUCGAGCGUCCGCUCACGCUCAUUGUUGGUGCCAACGGCUCGGGCAAAACAACCAUCAUCGAGGCCCUGCGGUACGCCACCACGGGCGAUCUUCCCCCCAACUCGAAAAAUGGCGCCUUUGUCAACGAUCCCAGCAUGACAGGCGCCACAGAGACAAAGGCUCAGGUCAAGCUCGCGUUUCAGAACGUCAAUCGCACGAGCAUGGUGCUCACUAAGUCGCUCGCCGCGUUCAAGAACGCACGCACGGGGACCACCAGCUUUAAAACCCGCGAAAACCAGCUCGUGGCCAUCCAUAACGGCGAAAAACAGACCGUCACGUCGAAAAUGGCCGAUAUCGAAACCGCCGUGCCGCAGCAGCUCGGCGUCUCGCGCGCCGUGCUCAACUACGUGAUUUUCUGCCACCAGGACGAGAGUCUGUGGCCGAUCAGCGACUCGGCGAGUCUCAAGAAGCGAUUCGACGAGAUCUUCGACUCGGUCAAGUUCAUCAAGGUGCUGGAGACGUUUCGGGCCAUCCAGAAGGAGAUGAACGUCGAUAUCCGCGUGAUCAACAACACGGUCGAGCACUUGCGGAACGACCGUGCGCGCGCGCACCACAAACACGCGCAAGUCGCCGAGCUGAACCGUCAGGUCGAUCGGCUGAAUGCCGAGUCCGAGACGCUUGCGCGCGAGAUCGAAGCGGUCAACAAAGAGGCCGAUCGGUUGUUUGCGACGAACCAGGACUACGAGAAAACGAUCAGUCGACUGGAGUACCUGCGGCAGCAGGAGAGCAGUCUCGCGCAGCAGAUGGACGUGAUCCGGUCGACGACGACGCGCGUCGACUUGCCCGAUGCGCAGAUCCGCGAGCAGCUCGACAACUUUGCCAACGUGCUAGUUGAGAAGAGGAGCGCUGUUGAGCAGCUGCGCGUGCAGAUAGAGUCUCGAAGCGCGCAACUUGCCCGUGCGCGAGAAGAAUACAACACUUCUGUGCGCGAGGAGGGCCGAUUGCGCGGCCUAUUUGAGCGGCACGAGCAAAACCGCAGCGAGAAACAGCGACUUGAGCAGCAGUUGGACCAGACGCGGCUGGACGCGCUGGCGGCCGAAUACGCUGACAAGGAGGCUGCGCAUAAGGCUGCUCUCGAGGACGUCGAGUUCGAGCUCACAACGCUCAAGGAGGAGCUUGCGCGCGAAGCGCAGCAUGCCGAGUAUGUUCGCAACGACGUCGACGCGUUGGAAACGAAACGCGCCAAGUUCCAGCAGAUCCUGUCUCUUUCGAGCUCGAAUCAGGCUAGGCUCGAACGCGAGCGUACCGAGCUCGCUGCCGAGGAAUUAGAGCUGCAGCAGUUGCGCGACUCGAGCCCGCUGGCCGCCAUCAACGAGAAAAUCGCCCAGACCGAGAAACAGAUCCGCCAAUUGGAGGUGGAGCAGGAGGAUCUGCUCCGGAAGGUGAGUCAGGCCAGCAGACAGUCCGACAGCACGGCAAAAGUGUAUUAUUUACGGCGAAAUCUGGAAUCCGUGGAGCAGAAGCUGGAGAAUGCUUACUCGCGGCUCGAGACGCGCGACGUGGACGCAUUCAUGGCCCGCUACAAACAGACAGAGGCCGCGGUGCUGGAGAAAGCUAGCCGUGUGCAGGAGUUGCGCGAGACCCUGAACGAGGCGGCAAUCACUCACCGCAACGGCGCGCAGCAGCUUGCUGGCUCGCGCGACGAGCUCGCCGCGCUCGAGAAAGAUGUUCGCACGGUUCUUGGCGCAGCGCCGCUCGCACAGUUUGAAGAGCUGCUGGAGGACGCCGAGUACGAGUUCAGCGACUGUGACGGCGGCUUCAAGGUGCGAGAAUACUGCAUUGGCUUCAACAAGCGCGCGAUUGACCUCAUCAACCACAAGAACGCAUGUCUGCUGUGCCACCGGGAGUUUGGGGCGGCGGACGAGAAGAGCCGGGUGUUGGAGCUGCUUGCAAAGCAGACGAGUGUUUUGGAGAGCGACCAUUCUGCAGAAGAAGCGCUGCGAGCUGCACGGGACAAGCUGGACCGGCUCAAAGAGGUGUCGGGCAAAGUUGAGCGACACAGGAAGCUGGCUGUGGAGCUGGAGCAGCUGCAAAAGGACGUGGAGGCUGCUCGAGAGCGUGAGACGGUUGCCCGCGAACAGUUUGAGAGUGAGCAGCGUGACUUGGACGAGCAGCAGGCCCACAAGUCCCAGCUUGCGUCGCUGCUAUCCGCGGUGGACGAGGUUACAAGGCUGCGGGACGAACAGGUCUCGUUGCAACGGCAGUUGCAGGGCCUAAAGGACGACAUGGCCUUAUUUGGCGGGCAACUGCAAUCCAUGGAGGAGCUGGAGCUGGCACAGGCGCAGACGAGCAGCGAGAUGAAGCGGCUGCGAUUGGUGUUAGAGCGGCACGUUGCCGAUCGCGAGCAGUAUUCGCGCAGGCUGAUGGGGCUGGAGAGCAUGAUCAAGGACCGGCGACUGGCGAUCAUCGAGCUGGAGAAGUCGGACCUGGACAACGUGAACGUGCGCAAGUCGCUGCACGAGCUCGAGACGGAGAUCGGGCAGCUGCGUGCAACGCUGGACCGGACGGAGCAGGCGGCUUCCGUGCUACGUGCGAGCCAUGCGGCGCAGCAGGAACGGUACGGCGAGCUGAAGCGGCGCGGAGAGGACGAGCUGGCGCAGCUCUUGCCGGAACUUGAGCGGCUACGGCAGACACAGGCCCAGAUUGCUGCGCUGGACGCGCAAAUCCGCGAAUUUGAACAGAAGCACGCGGGCCAGACGACGUUUGAGCAGGAGUCUGCGCGGCUACGGGAGCAGAUAGCGCGCGAUGAGGUUGAGCUCGACGCGUUGGGCGUGCAGCUGCGAGAGCUCGAGAACGAUCUCAAGGACGCCGACAACGCGGAGCGCAACCUGCGGUACAACCUGGACCUGCUGGCGCUCGAGCAGCAGCAAAGUGAGGUGCGGGCAACGAUCGCAGAGCUCGCGCAGCAGCAGGCCGAAUCGCGACGAGACGAGUACGUGGCGCAGAGCAAGCAGCUGCGCGCGCGCCAGACACAGCUCCAGAGCGAGUAUUCCACCAAGCUGGGCGAGAUGACCCAGCUAUCGCGGCAGAUCCAAUCGGUGAAACACGAGCUGCAACGCGACUACAAGGAUAUUGACGAGCGGUAUACCAAGGAGUACGCAAGCCUGCAGACGAAGCUGUCGAUGGUGACAGACCUGACCACAUACUACAAGGCCAUCGACUCUGCGGUGAUGGAGUUCCACCAGGUGAAGAUGAAGGAGAUCAACCGGAUCAUUGACGAGCUAUGGAAAAAAACGUACAUGGGCAACGACGUGGACAGCAUCAUGGUGCGGGCAGACCCGAUCAAGUCCAGCACGGCGGCAACGAUGCGCUCGUACAACUACCGCGUGGUGAUGGUGAAAAACGGGACCGAGCUGGACAUGCGGGGGCGGUGCUCUGCGGGCCAGCGCGUGCUGGCGGCGCUGAUCAUCCGGCUCGCACUGGCCGAGUGUUUCGGGCUCAACUUCGGCAUGAUCGCGCUCGACGAGCCCACAACCAACCUGGACGACGACAACAUCGAGUCGCUCGCCAAGGCGCUCGCCAAUAUCAUCCAGGAGCGCGCAACACAGCGCAACUUCCAGCUCAUUGUCAUCACGCACGACGAGAAGUUUCUGCGCGCCAUGAACGCCGUCGACUUCACCGACCACUAUUAUAAGGUGAUCCGCAACGAGCGGCUCAACUCCACCAUUAACAAGGUCCAGAUCAGCCAGCUCGACGAUUAG